AUGGUAUAUCGCUUAUUUAUUAUUUUAGUAUUGUAUGUUAUCUGUUGUACAAAUGUAAUAGUAGGACAAGAAAAGCCUCCUCCUGAUAGUACUGUUGGUGCAAAUCCAGGAGACGAACGUGAAUCUUCUGGUAGAGUGAAUAAUCCUGCUUCAGGUGAGCAAGGUACUACAAAUUCACCAACAGAACAACCAGAUCAAACAAGAGAUAGAAGUUCUUCCGUACCUCAAGGAUCUCCAAGAGAACCUGUAUCUCCUGAAAAUCCAAAUCCCGUUACACAAAUUCCAGGAAAUGGAGGUGCUCUUGUAACUCCAAUUCCACUUCCAAAACUUACAUUAGAAGAUUCUGAAUCUUCAAAAUCUGUAAUUGACAUUGAAGUAAAAUCUGCUCUUUUAAAAAACUAUGAUGGAGUUAAGAUUACUGGUCCGUGUAGAUCCUAUUUCCGUGUCAUGUUGGUUCCUCAUAUUACUGUUUAUGUAUAUGCAACAUAUGAUCGAAUACAACUAGAACCCAAAUUUGGUCCAUCCGAUUUAAUAGAUAUAAAUGAUUUAACAAAUAAAUGUAAUAAAGAUUCUAAUAAAUAUUUCAAAUUAGUUUUGUAUAUAAAAAAUAAUAUAUUAAUUCUCAAAUGGAAAGUACAAGAUAAGGAUUCUAAACCAACAAACAUCGAUGUGGAUGUAAAGAAAUAUAAAAUCCCAAAACUGGACAGACCAUUUACGUCAAUACAAGUAUAUACAGUUAAUACAGAACAUGGUCUUAUUGAAAGUAAAAAUUAUGAUAUAAAUAGUGAGAUUCCAGAACAAUGUGAAGCAAUUUCCACAAACUGUUUCUUAAACGGAAGCCUAGACGUAGAAAAUUGCUACCAUUGUACUUUACUAGCUAAAAAGGUGGAUAGUAAUAACGAAUGCUUUAAUUACGUUUCUAAGGAAGCAAAAGAAUUAAUAAAUAAAAAUUUGGAAGAAAAAAAUAAAACGUUUAAAGGAGAAGACGAGGAUUUAGAUUCUAACGAACAAAAAUUAGAAGAAUCCAUUGAUAACAUUUUAAGCAAUAUCUAUAAAAUUUAUGAAAGCAAACAAGACAAAGAGAGAAAAAAAAGUCAUUACAAUAAUAAGAAAGAAUUAGUUACUAUAGAAGAAUUGAAUAGUGUCUUAAAAAUUGAAUUAUUAAAUUAUUGUAAAUUAUUAAAAGAAGUAGAUAGAAGUGGAAUGUUAGAUCAUCAUGAAAUAGGUAAUGAAAUAGAUAUAUUUAAUAACUUGAUAAGAUUAUUAAAAGCACAUCCAGGAGAAAGUACUUAUGUAUUAAAUGAAAAAUUAAGAAAUCCUGCUUUAUGUUUUAAAAAUAUAGAAGAAUGGUUAGUAAAUAAAAAAGGUUUAUUAUUAUCAAAUGAAAAAAUACAGAAUUUAUCAACAACUAAUUACAAUGUGACAGAUUUAGAAGAAUCAGAAUAUGACUAUGAAAGAUUUAUAUCAGAUGAUAUGUUUGAAAAGGAUAUGAAUGGUGUUAUUGACUUAAGUUUAUUUGAUAAUGAAAAGAAAUUAAAAUCUCCUUAUUUCAGAAGAAAUAAAUAUUGUAAUAAUGAAUAUUGUGAUAGAUGGAAAGAUAAAACAGGAUGUAUUUCAAAAAUAGAAGUAGAAGAACAAGGUAAUUGUGGUUUAUGUUGGAUAUUUGCAUCUAAGUUACAUUUCGAAACUAUUAGAUGUAUGAGAGGAUAUGGUCAUUUCAGAAGUUCAGCAUUAUAUGUAGCUAAUUGUUCGGAUAGAGAUUCUGAUGAAAUAUGUUUCGUCGGAUCGAAUCCAGUUGAAUUUCUAGAAAUUGUUGAAGAAACCGGAUUUUUGCCCUUAGAAUCAGAUGUACCAUAUUAUUAUACAGAUGCAGGAAACGACUGUCCAGAACCAGAAAAAAAUUGGAUAAAUUUAUGGGGAAGUACCGAAUUAUUAAAUCAUAAACGUCCAAGACAACGUAUGACUACAAAAGGAUAUAUUUCAUAUGAAAGUUCCUAUUUCUCAGAUAAUAUGGAUUUAUUUAUCAAAAUAAUAAAGAGAGAAAUUCAAAAUAAGGGUUCUGUAAUUGCAUAUAUUAAAACAGAAAAUGUUAUAGAUUUUGAUUUUAAUGGGAAAGGAGUUCAUAAUAUGUGUGGUGAUAAAGAACCUGAUCAUGCUGCUAAUAUUAUUGGAUAUGGUAAUUAUAUUGAUGAAGAAGGUGAAAAAAAAUCAUAUUGGUUAAUAAGAAAUAGUUGGGGUUAUUAUUGGGGGGAUGAAGGAAAUUUCAGAGUAGAUAUGUAUGGACCAUCAUAUUGUAAAUAUAAUUUUAUACACACGGUUGUUGUAUUUAAAGUUGAUUUAGGAAUUAUUGAAGUACCUAAAAAAGAAAAAGAGUCAGAAUAUUUCAGUUACUUUUUAAAAUAUACACCAAAUUUCUUGUAUAAUCUCUUCUUUAAUAAUUAUACUACAAAUGAUGAGUAUAAAUUAAAUAAUCGACUUAAGACAAAUCAACAUAAUAACAAGAAAAAUAAAAAGGACCGUUAUAUUUCUGCCCAAGAUGAGCCACCUACUGAUAAUGUAGAAUCACAAGCAGAAAAUAACAAAAAAACAGAAAUUUAUCAUAUUUUAAAACAUAUUAAAGAUAAAAAAAUCAAAAGAGGUUUAGUUAAAUAUGAAAGCUUAUUAGAAACCAAAAAGGAUCAUUCAUGUUCUAGAACACAUUCCAUAGAUCCAGAAAAACAUGAAGAAUGUAAUCAAUUUUGUAUAGAUAAUUGGAAAGCAUGUAAAGACCAUUAUUCACCAGGUUAUUGUUUAACCAAGCUCUAUACAAAAGAUGAUAAUUGUUUUUUUUGUAAUGUGUAA